CCAUUCAUUUCCUUUCCAGAGAGAGAAAGUAGAGAGAGAAUUAAACUUUUUCUGUCUGUCAUCUCUGCAACUUUCCAACAUUUCUCUCACCUUUCCUCUGUUCUUCACCUCUUCAAGGUGAUCGAUUUUUUUAUACUAUCUAGAUUUCAUAAUCUUAAUUCUCUGCAGCAUCUGCUAUGUGUUCGAUUAAAUGCCCCAAAGAAUCUUUACCUCUUUGUUGAAUUGGAUAUGCAGAGGUUAAAUUAUUGGAAGAAAUAGCACUUUUUGGAUCAAUGGGUGUCGAGAGAUCUAUAAUUUACUUGUUGCUGUUCUUAGGGUUUGUAUUGAUCUUCGUGGGCCCAAUUUCUCUUGCUACCAAUCCUGCAGAUGUCAGUGCGAUAAAUAAACUGUAUGUUGCAUUGGGAUCUCCACUACUCCCUGGAUGGACAGCUAGUGCUGGAGACCCGUGUAUCGAGGGUUGGCAGGGUGUUGCAUGUGACCCUACUAAUACAAACAUCUUAUCAAUAACUGUUAUUGGUGCCAAUAUAGUAGGAGAACUUGGUGAGAGCCUAGGAUCUUUUACUUCACUUCAAAGCAUAGAUUUGAGCAAUAAUCUUAUUCGGGGUAGUAUUCCAACUGAAUUUCCUGUUACUAUCAUGAAUAUUUUUCUUGCAGAUAACAACUUCACGGGAAGCAUUCCGGUUUUUCUAACCUCUUUAACACAAUUAACAGCCUUGUCUCUAAAUGAUAACAAUUUAUCAGGAGAAAUACCGGAUUCCUUUGAAGGCCUUACGGGUUUGGUUAAUCUUGAUUUGUCUAGUAAUGAUUUGAGUGGAGAAUUACCUUCCUCUUUACAACAUUUAUCUUUUCUAACUACUUUUCAUAUGCAGAACAAUCAACUCUCUGGGACUCUAGAUGUUCUACAAGAUCUUCCAUUGACUGAUCUGAAUGUAGAGAAUAACAUGUUCAAUGGACCUAUACCUGAAAAGUUACUAGCCAUUCCUAUUUUCAGAAAAGACGGGAACUUAUUCAAUACCACAAGUGCAGCUCCACUAUCUCCACCUACAUCCCCGACCCCACUCACGCCCCCAGGCACCACCACCGGAACGCCUUUUUUCCCAUCACCUCGACAGACACCCGGGAAACAAUCGCCACCUGGCAAACAAACACCAUCACAACAAGCGGAUGGUCCAUCGUCAAAUCAAGGGUCCAAAUCUAGCUCCACAAAUAAGUCAUGGAGUUCUAAAAAGAAAGUUUGGGUAUCAAUUGCAUCGGUAUUUGGUUUUAUAGUUUUGGGAUUAGUCUGUCUGCUAUUUAUACCACCCUGCUUUAGAAGAAAACGACUUCCUGGUUUGACGAACAAGAGACAUGAGAUCGCUCCGUAUAAUCGUGAGAGUCAUAUGGAGAGUGGGCCCUUUGCUCAACCACCUAAUCAAGUUGAUAAAGCACCCCCAAAGAAGGCGGCAGUUCCACCACCAAAGGAGGAGCAACAACAACUGCUUUCACCACCACCACCACCACCACGUAGAACAGUCCCCAUGCAAAGAUUCACCGCGUUACCAAAGCAAGACAGUCAGGAGAUAGAUUUCACCAGAUUUGAUAUAGACUCCAUGCGACCUCCACCACCUCCACCGCCUCCACCACCACCACCUCCACCACCGCCAGUUUCAUCAUCAGAACCAAUUCAUCUACCUUUCGAGAAGGUUAUUGUCGAGCCUAUAGCGGUGGCUGCUGUCGCCACAUCAGCAAGAACUUCCACCAAACCUGUUGUGCCUCAAACAUAUGUGAGAUCUUACACAAUUGCAUCUCUUCAGCAAUACACAAACAGUUUUUCUCAGGAUAAUCUUAUUGGUGGAGGAAUGUUGGGGAGUGUUUAUAGGGCACAGCUUCCUGAUGGAAAGUUUCUUGCUGUGAAGAAAUUGGACAAAAAGGUUAUCAAUCAGCAAAAAGAGGAGGAUUUCAUUGAGCUUGUUAAUAAUAUAGACAAAAUUCGUCAUGCAAAUGUUGUUGAACUGAUGGGGUAUUGUUCAGAGCAUGGUCAAAGGCUAUUAAUUUAUGAAUAUUGUAGUAGUGGGACCCUUCAAGAUGCUCUACACUCUGAUGAUGAUUACAAAAGAAAAUUUUCAUGGAAAACACGCAUUCGAAUGGCACUUGGAGCUGCUAGAGCCUUAGAGUAUCUACACGAGUUCUGUGAUCCACCUGUCAUUCAUAGAAACUUCAAGUCAGCCAAUGUUCUUCUAGAUGAUGAUCUUUCUGUACGUGUCUCUGAUUGUGGUUUGGCUCCUUUAAUAACCCCAGGCUCAGUUAAUCAGUUGUCAGGAAACAUUCAAUCAGCCUUCAGUUAUGGUGCCCCUGAAUUCGAGUCAGGAAUCUAUACAUCUAUGAGUGAUGUGUACAGUUUUGGGGUGGUGAUGUUAGAACUUUUAACAGGCAGAAAAUCUUACGACAGUGCGCGACCUCGUGGGGAGCAGUUGUUGGUGAGAUGGGCAGUGGGUCAACUUCAUGAUAUUGAUGCAUUGUCAAGAAUGGUUGACCCUUCUCUCAAUGGUCAAUAUCCACCAAAAUCAUUAUCACAUUUUGCAGAUAUUAUAUCACGUUGUGUUCAGGCGGAGCCGGAGUUUAGGCCACCGAUGUCAGAAGUGGUGCAGGAUCUGAUAAAUAUGAUCAGGAGAGAGUCUUCUAAUAGAUCAGAUGGGGAUUGAUUGUUAAUGAUAAUAAUAAUAAUAAUAUUAGGAAUAGCUUGUGAUGAGAAGUCAAAGUCAAAGUCAAAGUCAAGGUCAAUGUGCCAAGAUUAUAAUUCUUGUGAAAUUUUGAAUGCACAUGGCUAGGCUAACACAGUCUAUUCUUGUACAAAAGGGGAAUAUGAAAUAUGUCUAUAGGACAAAGCCAAAUUUGAUGGUUAUUUUGUUUCAAGAUUGAACAACCAUUUUGGCAUUUGGUGGUUGGUUUGGUUAUAUCCCAAUUCUUAUGGUCAAAAUGGUAAAUUUACAACUCCCAUUUGAUUAUUCAAAUGUAAUUGUUGAAUUUCAUAUAUUGACAAUGUAUUGUUUGUGAUUAUUCAAAUUUCAUUUUCUUUGGUGGUUA